AUGUCUCCAAGCAAAACUCCAACCCCCCUAGACCCAGUCUCCGAAUGGCGCGCCUGGAAAACCCUCACGAUAAUAUACACAAUUCUCCUAAACCGGCAAAUCCGCCGGCGCUGCCUCCUCGAACAACAAUGCAUGGAAGACAAACCUCUCAGCGAACGUUUUCGACCCAUGAUCUUCCUCGAACCCGUCCCAACCCUCCACAAGCCCGACUCAACCACAGAUCCAAAAGAAGACCCAGAAAACAACAACCCCUACAACACAACCACGAUGAACAACCUCCGCACAAAAGCCAGUCUUCUCCGCGCGCGCGUCGAAAAAGGCAAAGAGCUCGCUUCCGAGAUCGAGCGUCGAAUGGACCACGACCCGCCUAUCAAAUUCCCGACGCAUUUCUGUCAUACUUGUGUUGAGGACGGGGAGCGGGUUGAGGUUUUGCUCACUAAGUGUGGUCACCGGGUUUGUAGAACUUGUCUUCAGUAUGGGGUUGAUGGGGAUGGGGAGUAUGAGUGUAGUAUUUGUUUUAUUCCUGCUGAUUUUGUGGCGCGGAGUCCGGUGGUGGUGGGCAAGGAUUUUUCGGGACAGAUUCCUACGCCUUCUAAAGGACGGGGAGGAUGGGAUGAAGUUGGGGAUAGGGUGCAUAUUAGAGAUGAUGAGGAUAAUGAUAGUGGGUAUGGAGAUGGAGGAGGGGAUUGGGAAUGGGACGAUAUUUUUUUCGAUGAUGUAAAGUCUGGUUGA